CUCCCGCGGCGCGAUGGUGCGCGCCGGAAGCGCGCCUCGGAUUGGCCCGACGGGUGGGAAGGAGCCGGCGGGGGCCAAUGGGAGCCCCACGGGUUCGGAGUCCCCCGGCCAAUGGGCGGGCGCAGUGCGGGCAGAGAGGACGACAGGAGCUGAUUGGCCGCUGCCCAGGCAAUUGGGAGUAGAUUGGCGGGCGGGCGUCAAGGCGGCAGGGAAGGGAAGAAGGAGGGAAGCUGAUUCGUGGGUUCUGCGGCGAUGGAGCGGGAAGGAGGGAGCUGAUUGGUGGAGCUGCGGUGGUGGGCGGGCACAGCAGCUGCCCGCUCCCGUCCGUGUCCGCGGCGCCGUGGCGGCGGCGAUGGGCGCCGGGACGGACCCGGCGGAGGCGCGGUGCGAGGAGCCGGAGGGGAGGGUCUACCUGGACUACAACGCCACCACCCCGCCGGCCCCCGAGGUGGCCCAAGCCGUGCGGGAUGCCCUGCGCCACGCUUGGGGCAACCCCAGCAGCUCCUACCCCGCAGGGAGGAAGGCGAAAGAGCUCAUUGGCAGUGCCCGGGAGAACGUGGCGAGGAUGGUGGGGGGCCGGCCGGAGGACAUCGUCUUUACCUCGGGGGGCACGGAGGCAAACAACAUGGUGAUCCACACCGCCUGCAGGCACUUCCACGACAGCCAGGCCACGCCGGGGGACAGCUGGGGGAUGCCGCACAUCGUCACGUCCAACGUGGAGCACGACUCGGUCUGCCUGCCGCUGGAGCAUCUGGUGAAGGAGGGCUUGGCGGAAACCACUUUUGUGCCCGUGUCCCAACGAAGCGGGCGGGCUGAGGUGGAUGAUGUCCUUGCUGCCAUCCGGCCGACCACCUGCCUGGUUUCCAUCAUGUUGGCCAAUAACGAGACUGGGGUCAUCAUGCCUGUCAUGGAGCUGAGCCAGCGUGUCCAUGCCCUCAAUCAGCGGAGAGUAGCGGAGGGGCUGCCCAGGAUCCUGGUGCACACAGAUGCAGCACAGAUGAUUGGCAAGGGGCGCGUGGACGUGCAGGAGCUGGGGGUGGACUACCUCACCAUCGUGGGACACAAGUUCUAUGGCCCGCGGAUCGGUGCGCUGUACGUGCGUGGCCCCGGCACCACCACCCCACUACACCCCAUGCUCUUCGGAGGGGGACAGGAGAGGAGUUUCCGGCCAGGCACUGAGAACACCCCAAUGAUUGCCGGCCUCGGCAAGGCUGCAGAGUUGGUGAGCAAGAACUGGGAGACCUACGAGGCUCAUAUGCGGGAUGUUCGGGAUUACCUGGAGGCCAAGCUGGAGGCGUGCUUUGGGAAGCAGAGGAUUCACCUCAACAGCCACUUUACAGGCUCCAAGCGGCUCUGCAACACCUCAAACUUCUCCAUCCUGGGCCCAGGCCUUCAAGGGCGAAGGGUGCUGUCCUGCUGUAAGGUGCUUCUCGCCAGUGUUGGGGCUGCCUGCCACUCUGAGAAAGGAGAUAGGCCCUCCUCGAUUCUGCUCAGCUGUGGGAUCCCCUACGACGUGGCACAGAACGCCUUGCGGCUGAGCGUGGGGCGGGACACCACCCGGGCCGACGUGGACCUGGUCGUGCAGGACCUCAUGCAGGCUGUGGUGCAGCUGGACCAGGACCAAGCCCCGUAGACCUUGGGAAUUACUCCCUGGCCAUCACCCAGUAGGCAGAACUCCCGUCACUGGCUCCAUGUGCUCCCGAAGGAAACAUGCUGGGGCAGCUGUAACCAUGCCAGCACCAUCUCUGAGGAAGUGUGUGACCCAGGAGGUCGCUCUCAUCACUGACAGAGGACAUAAGUGUCACACGGAUUAGGAGUGUUGCUGAUGGGCUGAUGUUGGGGAAUCUGGUCUCCUUGGGUAUUCAUAAGAAUAAAAGUGUUUGCUGCUGCUGUGGCUUUUUACAAA